ACAGCUGGCGAAAACUCGAGUUUUGAACCGCAUGGUCGCUUGAGACUCGAAAAAGGAUCCACCAAAGUGACCUCUGCACUCAGAUGAAACGAACUGGACUGAUGAUUGUCCUCGAAUUUUGCAGAUUUAUGUAUCUCUCUCUAUAUACAUAUAUACAUACACACAUAUAUAUGUAUAUAUGUAUAUGUGUAUGUAUAUGUAUAGAACAGAGAAUACGUGGCAAGAGAGAAGGCAGUUGUAAACGGGAGGAAGGGAGCGGCGUGUUCCAAUAUAGGGAGAAUAUUCGACGUCGACGUGGCGAUCUUACGCUGUGUGUCAUCGGUUACUGACCGACUUGUACCACAAUGGGAAGCAGCUGCACGCAGUUGGGAACGACAACCGUCCCUGGUUAUCCGGACAAACAUACGACGGCCAAUGGCAUAUACAGCUUAGAACCAGCACACCACCCAACACCACCACCGCCGGCACACCGCCGCCCGUCGUCACCCUCUCUGCACGAGGGAUUCCUCGGCUCGGCGAGAGGGUCGCAAGGGCGGAGGCAACCGAAGCAGGGCAGCUGGAACUCUGA